AUGCGCCCGCUUCGCCUGCUGCUCGCGCUAUCCACGAGCCUGCUCGCCGUCACGCUGCUCCUCUAUGUCACGCUCGGCACAGGACAAGACGAGCGCCUCGAAGGAGCCUCAGCCUCAGCCACGCGCCACCAUGGCCGCUUCAAACCCUUAGUUGCCUUCACGUCACCCAGCUCGCUAUUCCCGCCUUCCGCCAUCAUCAGCCUGACCGACGACAACUCGACCUUCUUCCUCGCACGACCCGCCGCGUUCGGGCCGCCCCUGCCAAAAGAUGGUCUCAGCAGCCCCCUCUGGAUCGGCAGUGGGUUUGGGGACGAGAUGAUGGGAAACGGCGAGUUGGGCUGCAGCGAUAUUCCAGACUGGGAAGACAGUGGCGACCGCCUGUUGAGUGGCCCCAAGCCGACUGCCUACGCCAGGAGCCAAGCAAACGGACCUCUGGAUGAGAAGAAGAACGCACCAAGAAGAAGAAUCCUGGGAAGAGAAGUUACUGACGCUUCCAAAUCCUCAACACCCAAGGACGGGACCGACGACCACCUGCAUCAGCCGCCCCAGGAUUCUCGCAAAGCUGCACAGUAUAAGGGACAGAUUCUGGGCCACGCCGAUAUCCAGUCGUUGCAGGAAAGCGCAGAAAUCACAGGAAAAGUGGUGCUCUUGAGAAGAGGCGGCUGUGGGUUCCUGGCAAAAGUGGAAUGGGCACAGAAACGCGGGGGGGUUGCUGUUAUUAUUGGUGACGAUGUGCGCGGUGGAGGGCUUAUCAGAAUGUACGCUAAAGGAGACACGUCAAACGUCACCAUCCCGUCGCUCUUCACCUCGCAUACGACGGCCCAUCUGUUGUCAUCUCUCCUACCGUCAGAUCGCACAUCUGGGGACUUCCCGCCUGCUGGUACCACGAGACUGACUUCUUCCGAUGACAAAAAAGACGCAAAGGAAAUGAAGAAGACCAGCAAACAAGGCGAGUUUACGCCCUCAAAGAGCACAGCAAUGUCUACCCCCACCUCCAAAGCUGGAAAACAAGAAACUGAGAUGGCGAGCAAGUCAACCCUAACAGGCGUGAAAGAGCAAGGUUGGUUUCAUUCGUUGUUGGUCGCUCUGGGUCUAGGCAGCGACGAUCAGCCCCCAGUAGCUGGCAGUCGAAGACUUCCCGGCAGUGGAGAUCUUGACUGGGUCCAGACCGAAGACUGGGACGACGAUGAAAAACCCAUCAAAACGAGAAUUGCAGCAGCCGUCUCGACAUCUACAGCAGUCCCAGACGGCUUCGUCAUCGGCAAGCAAGACUGGCGAGACGCUGCUCUUCUACCCACGCCAUCGUCGACAAACAGGGUUCAAUCCAAGACCAGUCCCAUGUCAACAAGUACUACAAAAGGUGGGAGUGUUCUACCUGGGAGUGGCGAGUACACAUAUACUAGCCCCAGUCAUGAUCGCAAGACAUGGUGGAGCGGGUGGUUCGGCUCGAAGAAGGUCACUUCUAUGAACCCUGGCCCAGGACAUGCAAAUAUAAGAAGUGUUACAUCCAUCACCAGGGCUAACAUCAAACAAGUUGAGACAUCAUUCAACGAACCAGAACAACACGAAGGGCUUUGGGUCACCCUCACACCAACAAGUGUCUCGACAAGUCCAUUCUUCGAUACACUGCUUGUUCUUGUCGUCAGUCCUUUGGUCACUUUGACUGUUGUAUAUGCACUUCUUCUUCUCCGUUCCCGUAUCAGGCGCCGGCGCUGGAGAGCGCCGAAGUCAGUAGUCGAGCGUCUUCCUGUCAGAACCUACCACACCAUCAGCGACUCAUCCUCUUCACCGUCUACAUCCUCCGAAACAGCUACACCAACAACUCCUCUCUUACAACGUUCUCCAACUCAACCAACCUCGUCGUUGCCUCGGCGACGCUCCCAAACCGAGUCUAAUCUGCCAACUACUUCUUCCUCUGUCCAGCACGGACCUCGCACCCGCGAGGAGGAGAAGCGAGAAACAGGAUUGGCGGAGUGGCGACGUCGAUACGGUGGUCGGCAGAGAGAAUGUGUCGUAUGUUUGGAGGAGUAUGAAGAUGGCAUCAGUCAGGUCAUGAGUUUACCGUGUGGUCAUGAAUUCCACGCGGAUUGCAUAACUCCCUGGCUCGUCACACGCCGUAGGACGUGCCCCAUCUGCAAGGGUGAUGUGGUACGCUCUCUAUCUCAGUCUUACCACGACCGUAUGCGCUCCUCUUCGCCAAUACGCUCGGCUCAGGCUCCAGACAACGUAGACGACAUCCAGACCCAGGCGAUUGAGACUCGCAACGAUUCCCCUUCGGCUUCCCAGCCGGUACCUAUCUCUACAUCUGCACCAGCCGCCUACUCAGACGAUGUUCACGAUGACGUCGAAGCCAACUGGUCUGGAGACGAUACACAAGCACCUCCGCAGGAUAUCCCCGGGAGUAGGGUCGCUGAACUGAGUAGUUCCGUACGCGAUCUGAGUUCCACUGUCUCCACUGUGGUUUGGCGCGGAUUCGAGGCUGUUUGGAACACGACAGGACUUCAGAGAAGAGUACCCCCUGAGGAUGUUGAUAGAGAUCGAUAA